GUGCCCCUGUUGCAACCCCCUUUGCCCGGACCCCCUUUGUCUUGCGGCUUCGGUUUCUGGGUUUUGGCUGAUUUGCAUCAGUGUUUCCAAGUCUUUGUUCUCCUUUUCAUUGCAUCGCUGCAGCCUCGAACCAUCUCGCCUCGGAUUUCUCUCUGUCCUGAAGUUCGUCGCGCACUUGUGUGUUGCACGCCGCUUUCUCGCAGUGUCCGUUACGAAGAGGUAACACAUCGCGCGCAGUAUUUGAGAUGGUUUAACCUCCCCCGGCCAGCGAAAGGUGGCGAGGCUUGACGGGUCGUCAUGGCUAGUGAGGAGCAGCAGAGGCCUGUUUUCAAAGUGCCCGUUGCUCGUGGCAAAUCUAUCCUGGGUCUUGAUAAAUUAGCGGCGGAGAAACGUGUAAAACGAGCAGCAGAGGGCGAGAAAACAGGGGAUGUGAAGAGGCCGCACUACAUAUCUGUAGCAGCUAGUCAAACUGAGGAUACUGAGAGAGCAGUAGAAAAGGAUGGAGAUGAAGCAAUUCCGUCUCUGAGAGAGAGUUCUCAUGGAGCUCCUCGCAAAUAUAGGGAGCGAUUACGAGGAGAUAGUGAUCAAUCUGAUGAUAAUGAACGGCCAUCCGACAAACAUGAAAGAAGCAGUAGUCAGGAGAGACCUGAUAGGCGUAGCGAUUAUUUCCGGGACGAUACGCAUGAGUCAAGGAGUGAGCGAGACAGGAGAAGCUCUUAUUCUGAUAGAGAGAGGAGCAGACGGGGGUAUGGAAAUGAUUACACUCCUAGUCCUAGCCCAAGCCCUAGCCCACGGCGACCUUCCUCAGGACGCACUACUUGGGACAAUAGAUCCUGGCAGUGGGAAGAAACUCCGCGCCGUGGUGGUGCCACUCCUCGCCAUGAUCGAUCAUAUCCUCCCCCGUCACCGGCUGGAAACUUUAUUCCAGCGUCCCCUGCUGAGUCGCGGAUGGCCUCUCCGUGGGAAGGUGGAGACAGUCCUUACCAAGCUUCACCCUCACCAUGGGACAUGGCAUCUCCAUCACCAUCUCCUAUAAGAGCAGGGGGUGCGACUCCAUCUGGUGGAGGUACACGACAUGUUUCAAGUAAAUAUACUCCGAAGGGAAGAGAGCAGAAUCAUAAGCUACAGUUUAGGUCUCAAUCCACUCCUCGGAAUGGAACCUCGAUUGGUAAAUCUAGUCUUAGUGGAGGUGGAGACGGUGAAGGUUGGGAAAUGGACGAGCAGACACGUGCUGAAAUGGAGGAAGCAGAACGGGAAGCUGAUCGGAGUUGGUAUAAUCAAGAAGAAGGUGGUGCAAGUUUUGAUUCGGAGGGUGCGCAACCAUUCAUUGGUGGUGAAGCAACUUUCAAGAAAAGGGAAGCUGAAAUGGUGAAACGCCUGAAACGGAGGGAUGGAACAAACAUGAGCUUGGCCCAAAGCAAGAAGCUGUCACAACUCAGUGCAGAUAAUGCACAAUGGGAAGAUAGGCAGUUGUUGCGAUCAGGCGCCGUUCGUGGAACAGAACAGCAAACAGAGUUUGACGAUGAGGAUGAGAAUCGCGUAAUUUUACUUACUCAUGACACAAAGCCACCAUUCUUGGAUGGGAGAGUGGUCUAUACCAAGCAGGCUGAGUCAGUUAUGCCAAUCAAGGACCCAACAUCAGAUAUGGCCAUCAUAUCUAGGAAAGGUUCAGCUUUGGUUCGAGAAACGCGUGAGAAGCAAAGCGCCAACAAGUCACGACAGCGUUUCUGGGAGCUUGCAGGCUCCAAGCUAGGGAACAUACUAGGUGUUGAAAAGACCGAGGAGGAGAUUGAUGCAGAUAAGGAUGCUGUAGGAGGUGAAGGUGAAGUAGACUUUAAAGAGAAUGCUAAAUUUGGGAGCCACAUGAAAGAAAAAGGAGAGGCAGCAAGUGACUUUUCUAAGUCCAAGUCGAUCAUAGAGCAGCGCCAAUACCUUCCAAUCUUUUCUGUGCGAGACGAGCUUUUACAGGUUAUUAGGGAGAAUCAAGUUGUGGUAGUUGUAGGUGAAACUGGUUCCGGAAAAACCACACAAAUGACACAGUAUCUGCACGAAGAUGGACAGACCACGUUUGGGAUGAUUGGUUGCACUCAGCCACGAAGAGUAGCAGCAAUGAGUGUUGCAAAACGUGUGAGUGAGGAGAUGGAAUGUGAACUUGGAGACAAAGUUGGGUAUGCUAUUCGAUUUGAGGACGUCACUGGACCUAAUACCAUAAUCAAGUAUAUGACGGAUGGUGUGCUUCUGCGAGAGACUUUGCGAGAUGCUGACCUCAACCAGUACAGAGUGGUAAUCAUGGACGAGGCUCAUGAACGUUCUCUCAACACUGAUGUGUUGUUUGGUAUCUUGAAGCAAGUCGUGGCUCGCCGACGCGAUUUCAAGCUGAUCGUGACCUCAGCUACACUCAAUGCGCAGAAGUUUUCGAACUUUUUCGGAAGUGUGCCAGUUUUCAACAUCCCUGGGAGGACAUUUCCGGUGCAGAUUCUGUUCAGUAAGACACCAUGCGAGGAUUAUGUGGAAGCAGCAGUUAAGCAGGCCAUGUCCAUUCACAUAACUUGCCCUCCUGGUGACAUUCUAAUCUUUAUGACUGGGCAAGAUGAAAUUGAAUGCGUUUGUUUCAAUUUAGCUGAGCGGAUGGAAGCGCUUGAAGCUAGCUCGGCGAAACCUCCUACUCCAUUGGCCAUUCUUCCUAUCUACUCUCAACUUCCAUCCGAUUUGCAGGCCAAAAUUUUCCAGAAGGCAGAGAACGGUGCUCGCAAGUGCAUUGUGGCAACCAACAUUGCGGAGACAUCAUUAACAGUAGAUGGGAUAUUUUAUGUUAUUGAUUCAGGUUAUGGCAAAAUUAAAGUGUACAAUCCUCGUAUGGGUAUGGAUGCUCUUCAGGUCUUUCCUUGCAGCCGUGCUGCUGCAGAUCAGAGGGCAGGUCGUGCUGGUCGCACUGGCCCUGGUACAUGUUACCGUCUGUAUACGGAAACAGCUUAUCAAAAUGAAAUGCUGCAAAAUCCUGUUCCUGAGAUUCAGAGAACGAACUUGGGAAAUGUGGUACUGCUUUUGAAGUCGCUGAAUAUUGAUAACCUACUGGAGUUUGACUUUAUGGACCCCCCUCCGCAGGAGAACAUUCUGAAUUCGAUGUACCAGUUGUGGGUGCUUGGUGCCCUUGAUAAUGUUGGGCGGCUCACGCAGUUGGGACGCAAAAUGGUUGAGUUUCCUCUGGAUCCUCCACUUGGCAAGAUGCUCCUUAUGGGUCAUCAGCUCAAGUGCAUGGACGAGGUCCUCACAAUCGUCUCUAUGCUCUCUGUUCCAUCUGUUUUCUUCAGACCCAAGGAUCGUGCAGAGGAAAGUGACGCUGCCAGAGAGAAGUUUUUUGUGCCAGAGAGUGACCACUUGACGCUCUUAAAUGUUUACCAGCAGUGGAAAAGUAACCAAUAUCGAGGAGACUGGUGCAAUGAUCAUUUUCUUCAUGUGAAAGGUCUUCGUAAAGCCCGAGAAGUUAGAUCCCAGUUAUUGGACAUCUUGAAGCAGCAGAAGAUACCGCUUACAUCCUCAGGAACUGAUUGGGAUAUGGUGAGGAAAGCAAUCUGCUCGUCAUAUUUCCAUAAUGCUGCACGUUUGAAGGGGAUUGGAGAAUACGUCAACUGUCGCACGGGCAUGCCAUGUCAUUUGCAUCCCAGUAGUGCUCUUUAUGGGCUGGGUUAUACACCCGACUACAUAGUUUAUCACGAACUGGUUUUGACGUCGAAGGAGUACAUGCAAUGUGUGACUGCUGUAGAACCACACUGGCUGGCUGAGUUAGGGCCCAUGUUUUUCAGCAUCAAAGAUUCUCAUACGUCAAGGCUGCAGCAGAGGCGAAAGCAGAAGGAAGAGAAAACAGCUAUGGAGGAAGAAAUGGAGGAGGUGCGGAAGGCUUUUGCCGAUGCUGAAGCUAAGAAACAAUUAAAAGAGAAAGCCCUCCGAAUCAAGGAAAGGAAUUCGGUUGCCACACCUGGGUUACGCCGUGAUCAUGGGGCUCCUAAGAGCAUCCCUCGUCGACUGGGAUUGUAGAUGGUAGGGAUACAUCUUUAGGUUGUUGAAGCUCACCUCUGCAGGUGGUAAUUCGGUCUUUCAGUUUUUAAUGAAAGGUUUAUUUCCAGGAAGUACAUACUCGUGGGCUAGCACUUUCACAUCUUGGCUUCUCUCAGCCCUUCUGUCUAGUGUGGGAGAAGUUGGUUGGUUCGUUUGUUGAGCUCCAAAAUCUUCCUUCCACUUCUGUCAGAGGCUGAAUGGUGCUUGGAAACGAGGGUGUUUUUCCUUUGGAGCAGAGAAAGUGGUAGUAAGAGCUGUGCAUUGUACUUUGGAUAACUUGAGAAAUAACAGGAUUAUGCGAAGUGCGAACCCUGGUUGUACAUUACAACCAUGUGGAUCUUUAAAGGUUGGGCAUUCGAAUAUUUCCUUUCCAUCUGCCGAUAUCUAGCAAGGACAACUGUUUUCGUUAUUUGACAAUAUAAAACAUCUGACGUCAAAACCGUCAGUCUCAAUUCUUUUA